GUAGGUGGAGAAGGACAGUCUGGGGAGUAAACGCGGAAGAAGUAAAACUACACGAUAGAAACAUAAGAAACAAAAAGCACGAUAGAUCGAGAUUUUAGGCUGCGGGACGAACAACAAUAAGAAGUUCAUGAUGGGCCUGUGUGACGGCCUCUCCCACUGCAAACUGGCUCUGGCCUUUGCUGUGUUUAUGGAUUUACUGGGAGGAUCCGCUCUGCUGGUGGGAGUCUUUGCCCCCCUGGAGAUCAAGGGGCAGGACUAUGGAGACCUACUGGUCUAUACUGGAGCUCUGUUCGUGCUGACGUCUCUGGCCGGCUGGGUGUUGUGGUACAGCGGAAACAUCGACGGCCUGACGUCCAAGAAGGAGCUCGGACACAUCAGCAGCGCCGUGGACCGGCUGGCUCGCAGACUCAGCCGCAAGAUCCGCAUCCACAGGAGCCAAAUCUGAGCCACGGACAGGAAGUCUGACUACAUUUCAGUGUAAAAGUCUGCUGAUGCUUGUGUUUGUGUUACAGACACUGAGUUGAACUUUUUAGUGUUACACGCAUGUCGAGAA